AUGGAGACCAAGACGAGGAUCACACUUGUCAGUAAAGAAGGCGUGCCCUUCAAUAUCACCGUUGAGGAGGCAAAAACAAGCGGGCUUUUGCGACGUAUGCUUUUGGACAGGGCUGUGAACUGCAGACAAGAUAUUUUGCAUCCUGCUGACGCACCAUCAACAGACGCCAAUUCUAAGCAACGCAUCAUAUGCUGCUGUUAUCGGUGCAACACCAAUCAUAGUGCACCACAUAUAGUUAUUCUGGAUCGAAUAUCGACACAUUUGCUUCAGAAGGUGUGUGAAUUUAUGGCAUACAAAGUUAAAACAGAAGAACUGAUAUCUACCACGAUGUCCUCCACAGCGCCAUCAAAGAUCCGAGACCUGUGUAAUAGAAUCGAUGGAUUUUCGAUUGGAGAAGAUUCGGGUGAAAUUUUAGACUUGCUUGUUGUUGCAGAUUAUUUGGACAUUUGA